UUCAGACUCAGGCUCCCGGCCCCCUGGAGCCACUCCCGCGGGACAGACGGGGACACUGUGGGCCAGAGACAAAGAGCAGGCGGGAACCAGCAAGGAGAAGAAUUCGAGGCCCGCUCUGCCGUGAUGACAUCGAUGGACUCAAUCUCCUAGAUGCAGUUUCUCUAUCUCCGAACAGGGACAACAGCUACCCCGGUACAGGGGUCGAGGGAGGAGAAAGCGCCCGGCCAAGUCGAGUCCCAGCCGGACAGUCCAGACUUUCACAAGGCGCUGGGGAAGGAGGGCAGGACACGUCGCUGAACAGGACACUCCCCCAAAGACCAGGGAGGGGUCCUUGUCACUGCCAACCUCAGGGACUCUCCAGGCGCAGGACCUGGCUCCUCCUCGUCCCCCUCGUCCCCCGCGGCCCAGCGCCCUCCCACUUGGGCCGGCUCGCCCAGUCCUUCCCGAGGCCUCCCUUGUCGAGGCCCCGCGCCGGCGCCCUCCCUGCCACCGAUGGCCUGUGUGCGCCCGUCCAGGAACCUGCCCGGAUCCGCACCCUUCCGCGGCCCAGCAGCACGCAGGCAGGUGUGGCAGGCGUGCUCGUGGGACACCCGUUUGACACAGUCAAGGUACGGCUGCAGGUCCAGAGCAUGGAGAGGCCUCAGUACCGAGGGACCUUGCACUGCUUCCAGUCCAUCGUCAAGCAGGAGAGUGUGUUGGGCCUGUACAAGGGCCUGGGCUCGCCCCUCAUGGGGCUCACGUUCAUCAACGCGCUGGUGUUCGGCGUGCAGGGCAACACCCUGCGGGCCCUGGGCCGCGACACGCCGCUGAACCAGUUCCUGGCCGGCGCGGCGGCGGGCGCCAUCCAGUGCGUCAUCUGCUGCCCCAUGGAGCUGGCCAAGACGCGGCUGCAGCUGCAGGACGCGGGCCCGGCCCGCACCUACCGCGGCUCGCUGCACUGCCUGGCGCACAUCUACCGGCAGGAGGGCCUGCGCGGCGUCAACCGGGGCAUGGCCUCCACCCUGCUGCGCGAGACGCCCAGCUUCGGCGUCUACUUCCUCUCGUACGACGUGCUGACGCGCGCGCUGGGCUGCGAGCCCGGCGACCGGCUGCUGGUGCCCAAGCUGCUGCUGGCGGGCGGCACGUCGGGCAUCGUGUCCUGGCUGUCCACCUACCCCGUGGACGUGGUCAAGUCGCGGCUGCAGGCCGACGGGGUGCGGGGCGCCCCGCGCUACGGCGGCUUCGUGGACUGCGUGCGCCAGAGCUACCGCGCCGAGGGCUGGCGCGUCUUCACGCGCGGGCUGGCGUCCACGCUGCUGCGCGCCUUCCCCGUCAACGCCGCCACCUUCGCCACCGUCACCGUGGUGCUCACGUACGCGCGCGGCCCCGAGGCCCGGCCCGAGGGCGACGCUGUGCCCGCCCCGUCGGGGCCGGCCUGGCCCAGCCCUCCAGUCUGUGAGGCCGGCGCGCGGGAGCGCCCCGGGCUCCGGACCGCAUCGGGCCCGGGCUCCGGACCGCAUCGGGCCCGGGGGCUGGAUCCCACGCGCCGGCGAGGGGCGCCCUUGGCCGCAGGCUCCACGUGCGGGGUGUCCUCGGCCGUGAAAUGGGGGGCCUCACACCCGCAUCGUGCACUCCCUGAGCGCAGAGGUGGCGCCCCGCGGCGCCCCGCGUGCACCGAGCCCGUUGCUGUUACCUGGGGAGUCUUCCGGAAACCCAGCCGACACUCCAGCCCUUUCCUGGGGUCCGGGCCGACACCACCGCGGGGUCUUUGAUGAUCCACCCGUGGGCUAUCCAGUGACUAACUCCACCCGGCAGAGCCCCAGGGACCCUUCUUGGCCACCUGUCCGUUCUCUGUGUUAGGGACAGAGGGGCAGCUCCACAUAACUCCUGGUGUCCCAGAAUACUCUGCCGGUACCCCCCAGCUUCUCCGGUUGGCACGGCUGGGAACGCCAUUACUGCUGCCACUCCCACUGGAGGGUGACCUGGGGGACCUGCUUAGAAGCUUGGGGCCGGCUGGCGGCUCCGUAUUAGCCUAGGGGCUGGGGGACCAGCCACUGGCCACUGGGACGGAAGAUGGACAGUUAAGUCCAGCUGCGGAGCGGGGAGGGCUUGCCACCCUCUAGUCCUCAGGCUGCCCGUCUAUACAAUGGGGACACGGGUCAGCUGCUGUGUGGGGCUCUGGCCCGCUACCACUGGCCAGCUCCCUAGGGUGUGCAGCGGUCAUCGGGGACGUGGGUACAGGAAGAUCCCCACUCCCCAGCAAAUGAGGUCUCUCCCAGGGAGUCGUGCUUGGUGUUCCCAUGAGGCCACAAAGGAAGGGCUGUUCGUGGGCACAGGUGUGGCCAGUGUGGGCCCCUCUGGGCCAAGUGGGAUCCGAGCCUGUGCUCCUGGGACUAUGAGCCUGGGGCAGCCCCAGCACAUCUGGAACAGCGUGGCCGUGUGUUUGGACAGGGAGGCGGAUGGUUUUGCACAGGUUGGAAAGGACUGUGGCCUCCUUUGCCCUGAGUGGAGCUCAGCCUCUAGGGCCAUGUGAUACGUUCUCCCAGGAGGCAGAGUGGGGUCAAGGAUGACCAGACUCUAAUCCUAUUCUCGUGGUGUCAUUGCUGUAUAGAAACCGCUGAAGGAAUAAAAUAUUCUUUGUUUUCUUAA